AUGGUGCAAGAAAGGUCUUGGAAAUUGGAUAGGAAUGCAGUCCUGAUCCAUGCGCCAGACUCGAACAACGUUGGCUGUCUAGCUCAUGUGACUGUCAGUUUUGACCAGACACGAAACCAAGGUCUCAUCACCAUCAAAACCAAACUCAAACUUGCUGGGCUCAAUGACAGAUAUCAGACUAUCUACCUGAACAUUGUUCCUGGAGCCAUCGAUACGUUUUCAGUGACCAAGUCCAGCUUCGACAAUAUGCUCCCGAAAGAGUUGUCCAAUAUGCUGCGCGGAGUGAAAUCAGCACGUGCCGCCACCACGUUGUCGUUAGGGCUCAAAAAACCUAGUCGUGUUCUCGUUCCACUUGGACUGACUGAGUCCAUCCGCCCUGCUGACCCGAGCGAUGGUAUAUUCCAUGCUGUCUCUCAGAUCAGCCAGGCAACGCGCAUUCGUCUUCAUUACUGCAAGCAGGAUAUCUCAGAUAGCGACCAUCUUUGGCUCCAAACAUUUGCCUCUGCAUUAACCAACAAUGCGUUAGAACCCUUGCGUAUAGAAUACAUUCACUUGAAUGGAGGAAUGGGCGCACAGGAAACAGGACCCGCUGUAUUCAACCAGUUGCCCUCACUACCCACCUACAACCAAGUCAUCUUGCCUGAGGCCACUCUUGGAAAGCGUUCCCGAGGUUAUGGUGCGACCCCUGAUUCAGAGUCACAUUCUCCUUGCUCCCCCCAACCAUUGUGGUCCCCCACUGAAGUCUGCUCUUCCUUCGAAGUGGAUAUGCCUACUGAGGUAGAUGACCCUGAUGGUGCUAGCAGUCACCCGGUAAUCAAAACGCCUCUUGAGGUUAGACGAUCUACCCAAGACGUGGCCCACUUCGGAAGCGACGUUCACGACACACAAUCAACGUCAACCAUGUGCUCACCGGCUAUGCCCGCCAAGAGUCGUCACUCCCGGGAAAUGUCGCCCUCAUACAUCGUACCGACGGUCUUUCGCAGAGGGCGCUCCGAACCCGAACCCAUCGCCGAACCUCCCCCAUACCAGAAAAAACGACCAAAACUCGACUUAUCUUUGAGAGACAUGCCUAGCAAUGAUGGCAAUGCUCUGGUCGAUGAAAAUACCGUUCGUGAGAUCAUACAAGAUGUUGUAGACAAGGAGAAGCAGGCAAUACUGGAAGAGCAUCAAGAGAUGUGUGAUGAGGCUGAGAUUCGGGUCGCUGAAGCAGUCGAUGAUGGUAGACUGGAAAUCGUCGGCAAGACAGACGAGUGCUGCAACGAGAUUGAUGAAUAUGGUCAGAAGGUUCAUGAAGCGUAUCCAGGUUUCGCAAACGUCUUUAUAGCGGUUAAUCAUGAGCUACGGAAAGAAUUGGUUACCGCCUGGACUAAGCGCAGGACAGGACAAUAG